CUUCAAUGGUGGAGGCGAUGCAACUGCAAUUGCAAUACUCAAACCGAACCCGCCUACCUCUCUCUUCAAUGUUGACUCGAUCACAUUCACACACAAUCACACUCAAACCCAAUUGACUGAAACCCCUUCCUUCUUCUAUCCCCUCGCCUCAUACUCCAACCAGACUACUCGCAUUUUGCCCUAAUUCAAACCUUCUAUUCUCUCAAUUUCCGAUCGCGCCGCCUGUCAACUACAUUUUCAAUCAUUUCCUCACACAAAGAAGAUGACUGAGAAUAAGAGUUUUCAGCUGGGGACGAUCGGCGCGCUCACUCUCUCCGUCGUUUCCUCCGUUUCUAUUGUGAUCUGUAAUAAAGCGCUCAUGAGUACUUUGCAUUUCAUAUUCGCUACAACACUAACGAGCUGGCAUCUCCUGGUCACAUUUUGUUCUCUUCAUGUGGCACUAUCACUGAAAUUCUUUGAGCACAAACCAAUCGAUUUUCAAACUAAUAUUGGAUUUGGCAUCUUAAAUGGAAUUUCAAUUGGAAUGUUAAACCUCAGCUUAGGUUUCAAUUCAGUUGGUUUUUAUCAGAUGACAAAGUUGGCUAUUAUUCCCUGCACAGUACUCCUCGAAACCAUUUUCCUUGGCAAGACAUUCAGUAGGAGUAUCAAGCUUUCUCUGGGAUGUCUGCUCUUAGGUGUUGGAAUUGCCACAGUUACUGAUCUUCAGCUCAAUAUGCUAGGCUCGUGUCUCUCUCUCAUUGCAGUUAUUACCACCUGCGUCGCUCAAAUUAUGACCAAUACCAUCCAGAAGAAAUAUAAGAUUUCAUCAACCCAACUGCUGUAUCAGUCUUGUCUAUACCAAGCACUGACCUUGCUCAUCUCAGGUCCAUUUUUGGAUAGGUUUUUGACUAACCAAAAUGUAUAUUCAUUUGAAUACACGCCAGAAGUUGUUGGUUUUAUUGUUCUGUCCUGUCUGAUCUCAAUCUCUGUCAAUUUUAGCACAUUCCUUGUGAUAGGAAAGACGUCACCUGUCACUUAUCAAGUCCUCGGGCAUCUUAAAACAUGUUUAGUGUUAGCAUUCGGUUAUUCUUUGCUUCAGGAUCCAUUUAGCUGGAGGAACAUACUUGGGAUAAUGGUUGCAUUGGUCGGUAUGAUCUUAUACUCAUAUUAUUGCAGCCAGGAGAAUCAAGCAAAAUCUGAAGAAGCUUCAGCACCGAGCCAGCGAAAGGAAGCUGAAUCUGAUCCCCUUAUAAAUGUUGAAAACGGUACGCAAAUGACAAACGAGCUGCCUCUGUCGAAGGGCACAGCUUGGGAAGUAGACAAAGAUUUGCAUGCCUGAAGAAAUGUGUCUAAUGGUAUACGGUGCCCCUUUCUACACACAUGAACGUGAUGAGUUCAAGGAGUCUUUUCUAUAUUCUUUGUGCUAAGAAAUUCCCAUACCUAACACGCCAAGACUCUUUGUAUGCUCCUUUAAGUAGACAGACAUUAUUCCUUGUUCUGAUAAAAAUAAGAAAAAAUAGUAAAAAUUA